AUGGCCGCCGUCACCCAAGCGUCCGCUCCCACUACGGCGCCUCCGAGAGAGGAUGAGACCCUCCUCGUCCUUGCGCGAUUAAUGGAGGGCGGCCAGGAGGACGAUGAAACCAUUCGCGACCUCGACCAGCUCACCAGGCUGCUGAACGAGGAUCUUCAACUCAUCCAGGCCAAGACCGGUGCGCCCACGAUAUGCAAACUCAUCGAUGGUGAUUGCGUCGACACCAUCUUGACAUAUCUCGAUAUGAGACAACCAGAGAUUGUCCGCGCACACGCCGUCAUCGCCACAUCCGCCUAUCUCAAGGCCGCCGGCGACGACGGUGCCAAGAAGCUCUCCAACUUCUUCUUCGACAAGAUUAAGAGGGGCACGUACGACGACUACAUCGUCGCCUUUUGUGUCGCUGCUUCCACGUUCCCGGUCGUUCCAGAUCUUACGUCUGAGCUGUUUCUCAGUGAAGGCUUCCUGAGCUCCCUUGGCCCGCUCAUGAGACGGAAGUGGAAGAGCCGCAAGGUUGAGACCGCCUGCCUGGAGAUGCUCAACGCCGCCUGCAUGAACUCGCAGUGCCGUGAUGCAGUAAACAAGUACUGUACCGAGUGGCUGGAGGAGGUCGUUGACCAGGAUCCCGAGGAGAUUGCCAAGGAAAUGUCACAGGACCCGGAGUACUCUGUCAAGGAGGGGUCGGUCGCCAUGCGCAAGCACUCGGAGCAGGUCCAAAACUUGGCAGCGGUCAUCCUGGCGAAAUUGAGGGCAGUGCCCACGGCGCCGGCGCUGAAUGAGGACGGACAAGGGAAGAUAUCACCUGCAAUCACUACCAUCGAGGAACUUUCAACGAGAUUCACCUCCAUGCUCCUGAGCGAAGACGACCAUGGACACCGACAUUCUAUCGAAGGGCUGGCAUACGCAUCGAUCCAGCCGGCCAUUAAGGAAAAGCUGUCAGGGAAUGCGGAUUUCCUCAAGAAACUGGUCAACACGCUAGCCAACGCCCCGGCGAAAUCGCCCGUGACAUACGGAGCGCUCAGUAUCCUGGUGAAUCUCACCAGAUACCAGCCCAAUCUGUCGGAGGAGGAAAAGAAGAUGAACCAGCUCAAGGCAUAUGCGGCCGCUGCUGGAAAAUCUGCUGGGCCCGAUCCUCUCAAUGACAACGACCACGUUGCAGAACGCUGCCGCCGGGUUUUCGAGGCCGGCGUCACUCCGGUUCUAGUGACCCAUAGCAAGGGUGGUUCGGCAGCGUCACUAUCACUCACUGUCGCUAUCAUAUACUCUCUUUCAGUUACGACAUCUUUGCGUGGAAAGCUUGCUCAGCAAGGCGCCGUCAAGCUUCUUCUAGCUGCUUGGGCCUUGCUCCCGGAGUCCGAAGCCGCGGGCCGUCGCACCGCCGCGCAAGCUCUGGCACGCAUUCUCAUCAGCACCAACCCGGCUCUCGUUUUCGGUGGAAGCCGCUCCAAUCCACAAAGCUCCGCGAUCCGGCCCCUCAUUUCCAUCAUUCCCACAGACCCAGUUGCUGAGCACCGCGACCUUCUCCCAACGUUCGAGGCGUUGAUGGCGCUCACCAACCUCGCGUCAAUCGAUGAUCUCGACACAAGACGAGCCAUCAUCCGGGUAGCUUGGCCACAAAUCGAAGAUCAACUGCUUUCCUCGAAUCCCCGCGUGUCAAAGGCCGCUGUCGAGCUCAUAUGUAACCUCGUACAGGCUGUGGAAGGUCUGGCAUUGUACGCCGACGGCAGCCCCGCAGCAAAGGGCCGUUUGCACAUUCUCCUCGCUUUGGCGGACGCUGAGGACGAGGGCACGAGAAGCGCAGCAGGCGGUGCGCUCGCAGCGCUGACGGGCCACGAGAACGUUGUCCAGGCCAUUGUGGAGCGAGAGCGGGGUGUCAAGGUCAUUCUCGACAUGUGCGCCGACAACAACGAGGACCUGCGGCACCGCGCCGGCUUCAUCAUCUACAACAUGGUCGCUGCCGAGGGUGCGCCUGGUGCUAAUGCGCGGAAGAAGAUUAUCGAAGAGGGCGGUCUCGAGGGGCUCAAGGAGGCGGCCAAGAAGAGUCGGCGAGCGGAGGUGGUUGAAGUCUUGGUGCAGGCCUUGAAGAUCCUGCUCGAGGAUAAUCGGACAUUGGAGGGCUAA